CUUGACGGCCACCCUCCUGACCCCACCUUCGCCCACCUCACGCUUCAUCUCGGCCAACAAGUCGUCGAGCCAUCUGUGUCGCGCCAGGCUCGCUCCAUUAGCCUUGCUGGCACAGCCGCGCGCUCGGCGACGUCUCUCCGGUGACUCUCACCUUCCUCGCUGCGAGGUCACGCGAGCCGCACCUUCCUCUCGCACCACUCCCACUGCGCUGCAUCUCUCACCCGCCGCCGCAGCACACUUCUCUCUUUCUCUGCUCGCACAUCAUGGCUGCCUGCUCGUCCGCCGCCGCAGCCGUGGGCGCCACGCUGCGCCCCGUGCUCUGGUCGCACAUUCCCUACCACGUGCCGUACACGCUCGGUCUUGCGCUGCAGGAGCGUCUCGUAGCUCGACGCUUCGAGGCUCGUGCACAGCUCGCUGAGCUUCCCGCGCCGAGCCCCGCCAGCCGCGUGGCUGCCGCUGUGGCGCCGGCCUCGUCCAGCACGUCGGCACAGGCGCUGCAGCGCAUCUCCGAGACGGACACGCUGCUGCUGCUCGAGCACACGCCCGUGUACACCGAGGGCCGCCGCAAGGGCGCGCGCGAGGCCGUGGGCGACGAUGCGGAGCGGCAGCGCCUCGAGAAGCUCGGCGCCGACUAUCUCGUCACGCAGCGCGGCGGACAGAUCACCUACCAUGGCCCCGGACAGCUCGUCGGCUACCCCAUCUGGGACCUCGCGGCGAUGCAGCUCUCGACGCGCUGCUACGUCGACAAGCUGCAGACGGCCAUUGCGGAGCUGCUGCACGCGCGCCCCUUCAAUCUCGAGACGGUGCCGCCGCCCGACGACCACACGGGCGUGUGGGCCGACUCCGACCACAAGAUCACAUCGAUUGGCAUCCAGGUGCGGCACCGCAUCACGUCGCACGGCUUUGCGCUCAACGUCGAGGCGGAGCGCCUGCUGCCCUGGUUCCGCCAGAUCGUGGCAUGCGGCAUCGAGGGCAAGGGCAUGACGACGCUGGAGCGCGAGCUGGCGCUGGCCGCCCAGCGUGCCGGCCUCGUGCAGCCCGACGCCGCCGACGGCGUGCAGCUCGAGCCGGGCCUCGUGCUGCUGCCGCGCCAGCGCAUCACCGUCGCCGACAUUGCGCCGGCCGUGGCGCACCAGCUGGGCGCCACGUACGGGCGCGCCGUCGAGCCGGCGCCCGAGGCUGAGCUGCGCUACGAGGGCAACGCCGACGGCGUCCUCACGCACGUGUGGCUCGCCGACGAGGAGGUCCUCGCGCCCCAGUAG